AUGGCAGUGAAGGAUUUCAUCACCUGGCAUCUGCUGGCUUUGUUUUUAAUUCCAUUUUGCCUGUGUCAAGAUGAAUACAUGGAGGUGAGCAGAAGAUCUAAUAAAGCAGUGGCCAAAGUAUUGCAAAGUCACCACCAGACUGGCCAUAAAGGUUCCAGCAGCAGGGAAAUUUUGAGACAGCGGAGUCAACUUAUAGAGUCGACUAUUGAUGAUAAUAGCACUUCUACAGACCAAAAAGCCCAGAGACCAGAGGUAGAUGAUGUAGCACAGACUACCUCAGACAGAGUCCAGCCCCCUCAAAGUGGACCUCAACAUCCAGACUGCAGUAGCUGCUGCCGUGGAGAGUUUGGAUUUCGAGGCUAUCAAGGGCCACCGGGACCUCCAGGGCCUGCUGGGAUGCCAGGAAAUCAUGGAAACAAUGGAAAUAAUGGAGCACCUGGCAAUGAAGGAACCAAAGGUGACAAAGGAGACAAAGGGGACCUGGGACCAAGGGGAGACCGUGGCCAUCACGGACCAAAAGGAGAGAAGGGUUACCCUGGGAUUCCACCGGAGCUUCAGAUUGCAUUCAUGGCUUCUAUGGCAACCCAUUUCAGCAAUCAGAACAGUGGGAUAAUCUUCAGUAGUGUUGAAACCAAUAUUGGAAACUUCUUUGAUGUUAUGACUGGUAGAUUUGGUGCCCCAGUGAACGGGGUGUAUUUCUUCACCUUCAGCAUGAUGAAACAUGAGGAUGUGGAGGAAGUGUACGUGUACCUCAUGCACAAUGGCAAUACAGUUUUCAGCUUAUAUAGCUAUGAAUCAAAAGGAAAAGCUGACACAUCAGGAAACAGUGCAGUGCUAAAACUUGCCAAGGGAGAUGAAGUUUGGCUGCGAAUGGGGAACGGAGCACUCCAUGGAGAUCAUCAGCGUUUCUCCACCUUUGCUGGGUUUCUUCUUUUUGAAACAAAGUAA